AUUUAAUUAUUCAAUAUAUUUGUAAAAAAUAAAUCAUGUUAAAAUUGGUGUAUUGUAUUUGUUUUGAGUAAAAUUUUAUUAAUAAACCCAAUGUGUAAUACCGAAUAAUUUAAUCAAUAUGGAUAAUAUUUAACUUGUAAAAUAUGCUAAAUAUAAGGAUUCUACGGAAAUUUUAAUCUUUAAAAUGUUGUAUUCUUGUGUUUGAUUUUCCCAAUGGAGAUUUUAGUUGAAUUUCUGAGGACUUUGACUGCAAAUUUGAGUAAACACACAACUUCAGUAAUUAAAACAUCAGUAAAUCACAGUAAAUUAAUCAGAUCUCUAGUAAUCAAAAUUGGAACUUCUCGGCACAAGACUAAGGUUAAUUUAUUACUUUGGGGUAGUCUUUGGAAACUACCAUUUUUAAAAAAGAGCUUCACUGAUGCAACAUCCAGAGUUGAAGUUAUUAUAAAACCUAUAGAGGAUAGUGUUGCGAUAGAUAUAGGCACUGAGAUUCUGGCAGAGUUUCUUUUAUUAACGACUAUGGUUUCUACAAUGUGUUAUAGUAUAUACUUAAGGAGGUCAAGAUAUAACGUUUUAUUAGAAAAACAAGAAAAUCAAGAAUCUAAAAUAUUAUCGAGAAUUGAAUACAUUGAACAAGAAAUAUCCAAACUAUUUGAUUUUAAAUCCAAAAUCGAUGAAAUCAGGAAAGAAUAAAUUUUAUUUUUAUUUUUAAUCAUUUUAACACACUUGACUGUACCACACAUGUUAAACGUAAUAUCUUUAUUUUACAUUUA